AUGCGAUCUUUUGGGUGGGAUACUGCCGAUGCCUUCAUGCAGCAUGACGCACAGGAGCUGAACAGACUCUUGUGUGAUCGCCUCGAAGAGCAAAUGAAGGGCACUCCAACUGAUGGAGAAAUCAAGAGGCUCUUCGAGGGUGAAUUUGAGAAUUACAUCGAAUGCAUUGAUGUUGAUUAUCGUUCACAACGCAACGAGACGUUUUAUGACUUGCAGUUGAACGUUAAAGACGAGUCUGGCAAAGAGAUCACUUCUUUAGAGGAGUCUCUGAAGGAUUUUGUGCGAGAGGAGAUUCUGGAGGGUGACAAUGCCUAUGAUGCAGAAUCACAUGGCAAGCAAAGAGCUCGGAAGGGCAUCCGGUUCAAGCGCUUUCCGCCAGUUCUGUACAUCCAGCUGAAGCGUUUCAUGUUCGACAUAGAGAAGAUGGAUAUGAACAAGCUGAAUAGCAAGAUGGAGUUUCCACAAAUCUUGGACCUGGAGGAUUUUGCCAAAGGCAGUGGCCAGUACAUGCUGCACACUGUCAUCGUGCACAGUGGUGGUGUUAGCAGUGGUCACUACUACACCUUUGUCCGUUCGCUGGAUAGCGAAGGCAAGAGUCAGUGGAUCAAAUUUGAUGACGAGAUGGUAACGUUUUGCAGUGAGCAGGCAGCUGUGGAAGACAACUAUGGCGGUGAGGAUCUGACUGUGGUGAACUACUUCAGUGCAGCUCCUGAUGAAAUCCGAGACCGUGAUUCUUGGCCCUCCGGCCAACGCAUCCACAAUGCCUACAUGCUGUCCUAUGUGCGUGUGGACCAGAAGGCCACUGAGCUGCUGACGCCUCCUGUCCUUACCAGUGAGGACCCGAAGUACCGUGCUCUCAUAGAAAGAUGUACGCGGGAGGCAAAGCUGGCUGAGGAACGUCGCCGUGACAGGGUUCAGCGGAUGAACCGAGUGGAGGUGAAGCUCAUUUUUGAGCGUGAUCUCAUGAAGAUGAAGGCACUUCUGCGAGAAGCCAUGGAAGUGCAGCCUUUGGUGGAACAAAAUGUGUAUGGGCCACACAGCUACGACCCGCAGACAUUGGAGACCAGCAGCCAGGAGACGGAGGAUGUGCUGACCUCGGAUUUGGAUCUUGAUCUUCUGAAGUACUUCUGUCCCGUGAAGCAAGUGAUUGUGACCUUGGGUGGGGACACCGUGUCAGCUUGCAGAGAGGCAUUCAUGGAGACUGUGAUGCUACACCCGGAGGACUCCUGGCUGUCACAGCGACUGCAACUCUUUGUGCAACAAGGGGAGGUAGCCGCUCCACCUCCAAACACGCAGUGGCAGUGCUGGGAAGAGUUUGGCAGAGCAGCCAAGGAGAUCAAGCCCCGGGACAUUGAGAAAACAAUGAAGGAAGAGGGCUUGUACUGUGGGGAUGUGGUCAUUUGGCAGCCGCAGAGCGCCGCAGGGCCACGACGUCCAGGUGAGGGAGGCCUGAAAUGUUCUUCAUGA